GAUCGGGGCUGCUCCAGCCAUUCAGAAAAAAGAAAAUAAAGCAACGCACUAGCCCGCCGGGCCGGGACCGUGGGGCUGGGCUGGAGCGAAGGUGGCUACGAGCCCUCAUGCCAGGAUGGCAGAAGAUGAACCUGAUGCUAAGAGCCCAAAGACUACAGGAAGGGCCCCCUCAGGUAGUGCUGAGGCAGGGGAACCUACCACCCUUCUUCAGAGGCUCCGGGGUACCAUUUCUAAGGCCGUGCAGAACAAAGUAGAGGGAAUCUUGCAAGAUGUACAGAAAUUCUCAGACAAUGACAAGCUGUAUCUCUACCUUCAGCUCCCCUCAGGGCCCAGUACUGGAGAUAAAAGCUCAGAGCCAAGUACACUUAGCAAUGAGGAGUACAUGUAUGCCUACAGGUGGAUCCGCAACCACCUAGAAGAGCAUACUGACACCUGUCUGCCAAAGCAAAGUGUUUAUGAUGCCUAUCGGAAGUACUGUGAGAGCCUCGCAUGUUGCCGCCCGCUCAGCACAGCCAACUUUGGCAAAAUCAUCAGAGAGAUCUUCCCUGACAUCAAGGCCCGAAGGCUUGGUGGCCGGGGGCAGUCCAAAUAUUGCUACAGUGGCAUACGAAGAAAGACCUUGGUAUCUAUGCCACCCUUGCCUGGCCUUGACUUAAAGGGCUCUGAGAGUCCAGAAAUGGGCCCAGAAGUAACCCCAGCACCUCGGGAUGAACUGGUUGAGGCAGCCUGUGCCCUGACCUGUGACUGGGCUGAGCGAAUCCUGAAACGGUCCUUCAGUUCCAUCGUUGAGGUCGCCCGCUUCCUGCUGCAGCAUCAUCUCAUCUCGGCCCGAUCUGCGCAUGCCCAUGUGCUCAAAGCCGUGGGGCUGGCUGAAGAGGAUGAACAUGCCCCUCGGGAACGAUCGUCUAAAUCUAAGAAUGGUGUAGAGAACCUAGAGGGUGGAGCCCAUAAGAAACCAGAGAGACCAACCCAGCCUCCUCAGGAGCUGGAAUCCCGAGCUGGGUCUGGUCCUCCAGCACGGAGCGAGCGGAAGAAGAGCGUAGUAGAGAGUCCAACCCCAGCAGCCAAUAACCCGCAGGUUAAUGCCCUGGUGGCCCGCCUGCCUCUGCUCCUCCCCCGGGCCCCUCGCUCACUUAUUCCGCAAAUCUCCGUCUCGCCAACCAUCCUGGCCCCCAAGCUUCCUUCAGGCACUCUGAAGUUGACCCCGCUGCCUGUGUCCAAUAGGGGAUCUAGGGGAUCCCAGGCAGCUGUGCCCAUCAUUAAUAUGAUCUUACCAACUGUUCCGGCUUUGCCUGGACCUGGGCAGGCUCCACCUGGGGGGCUCACUCAGCCACAGGGCACAGAAAGUAGGGAGGUAGGCAUAGGUGGUAACCCAGGACCUCAUGACAAGGGUGUCAAGAGGACAGCCGAAGUACCCAUGAGUGAGGCCAAUGGACAGGACCCACCAGCUAAAGCAGCAAAGCAGGAUAUAGAGGGUACAGGGAGUGAUGCCAAAAGAAAACGGGGUCGCCCUCGAAAAAAGUCAGGUGGAGCAAGUAGGGAAAGGAAUCCUACCCCUGACAAGUCAGCAGCUGCCAUGGACUCUGCCCAGUCCUCAAGGUUGCCACGGGAGACAUGGGCCUCUGGAGGGGGAGGCAACUCAGCUGGAGGGUCAGAGAGGCCAGGGCCAGUGGGAGAGGCAGAGAAGGGGAUGGUGCCUGCCCAAGGUCAGGAAGGUGGUGCUGUUUCCAAAGGAGGAAGGGGUCCUAGUUCCCGCCAUGCCAAAGGAGAAAAAAGUCCUCUUGUCACCCCAAAAGUGAGUGUCAUCAGGGGCAGUAGAAGCCAAAAGGAGGCUCUUCAUUUGGAAAAGGGAGAGGUCGACACUGCAGCACAGGGUAAUAAAGAUUUAAAGGGACAUACACUUCAAAGUUCCUCAUCCCAUGAUCAGAAAGAACCCAAAGCAAUACCCCCAUGAUAGGUAUAUGGAGAAGAGUGCUUAUAUCCAGAUGUGAACUCACUCUUAUCUGCCUGCCUCAUAGAAGCUGUUCGCCUCGCUUUUCCUCUGACUCUUGUUUUCUUAAGGGAAUUCAUGCUCUUCUGUAUAGACAGCUGAGGCACCCUUAGACAGUGCCUGCUUCCUACCCUUGACCUUUUCAGCUCAAUACCCUUGGUUUUAGAGUCACUAACCUGUAGUGACCUUACCUGGAUCCCUGUGCUAUAUCCUGUGGGAAGACAGGAAUAGAGUAAUAUGAACUUACAGCUAGGAAUCUCUUGGUUUUAAGGUAUAGUAGACCUAACUCUAACUGGCCUAAAAAUAAAGUUUUACUGGCUCAUGUAAAGUCCAGAGGUAGUGCUGGCUCCAGGUAAAGCUGGUCCAGUGGCUCUGUAUGUCUCUAAAUACCCGAUUGACUUCCCCCAUGCCUCCCCACCCCUGCUGUUCUACCUUCUGUAGGAUCAUCGGAACCCUGGGCUGCCUUGGGGCUGCCAGCACUCCUAGAAUUACAAUGUUUCUCAUUUACAUCCAACCAGAAACAGAGGGCAUCUUUGUUCCAGGAAUCCUAGCAGAAAACCUUUGAUUCACUGAUUAGGACAACUCGUGUCACGUGUCUACCCCUAACCAAUCCCUGUGGCCAGGGGGAUGGUAUAUGCUGAUUUGCUUAUUCUACGUUAGGGAAUGCACCUGUGGAAUAAAGGGCUGGAUUAUCUUCUUUACUCCUUACAAAUGGGAGGGGGAAGUUCCUGGGGAGGCAGCUGACACCUGGCCACUACUAUGAAGUACAUGUAGUUUUAGCUUGCUAGGUUGAGAUCAGCUGUACCUGCCUUUAUCCUCACAGUCUUGCAUUUUUCUUACUGCAGCUGUCACUCUUCUUACUCUGGUCUCAGAAGGAAUGAGAGGGAAGUCACUGUCCUUUAUGGACUAUCUCUUCAGUCUCAUUUAGAUGACAAUCUCCCCCCUCCCUUUUUUUCCACCUAUGGCUCAGAGGUGGAGCUCCUCCCUUUUCCUGUUUGUGAACUUUAGUUUCUCUUCAUUUCUGCUUCCCUAUCUCCCACCCUCCUGCCACUUUUACCAAAUAGUGAGAUUUAAUUCUAGUCAUUUAUUAAAAUUCAUUCUAUAUCCACCAGGUGUCAGUCUCUUACACAUGUCAUGAUUAGCCCGGCCUGUGGGGUUUAGGGCAGCUGUAUGGAAGGAGGUGUCUCUGCUUAUCAGGGAGUACCAAUAGGAAGGGAAUCGAGACCCUCCGGGGGUAUCUUCCAGAAGACCAGUAAACCAACCAAUAUUUAUCGAGGACCUACUUUGUCUUCUACGUAGGGUAGUUUCUGUCAGGGAAUCUUGGUUCUUCCCAAGAAAUAAGAUUUUCUUUCAGGGAGACUCCAUUUGUUCAUUUAUUUCCACCACAGCAGAUUUUUAAAAAUUAUAAUAUGUAAUGUUUGAUAUCUAUAAAGAAUAUAUUUAACAUUAAUAAAUUAUGGAGCAUAAUAAUUAAAUGACUACCUAUGACCCAUCACCCAACUUAUACAUUAAAACAUGAGAAAUGUUUUUAUUGACUUCCUUGUGUUCCUCCCCUACCCUGUACCCUACCUCUCCCUAGAUGCAACUACUGUCUUUAAUUUUGUGUUUAUUAGUUACCUACUAUAUAUAUGUAUCCUCAAAAAUGUAUUGUUCAGAUUUGCUCUUAGCUUUAUGAGAAUUUUAUACUCUAACAGUACCAUGUAGUUUGCUUUUUUUGACUUCACAUUUUUUCCAAGCUUCAUCCAUACUGUAGAUAGCUAUGACUCAUUCAUUUUCAUCAAGUACAUAAACCACAAGUUAGUUAUCCAUUCACCUAUUCACCUAUGGACUUCGGCCUAUUUCCAGUUUUUUGUUAUUACAAACAAUGCUGCUAUGAAUAUUCUUACACAGGUUAGUGCCUUUGUUUUUCACAGGAUUUCUAAAAAGUUUACUAAGAUGCUUCCUUAAGUCUCUAUACCACGUGCACUGGGGACUGUUUUCUCCUGCCUUCUUUGGAAGAGUUUACAUCAGAUUGAAAUUAACCAACCACCCCUUGAAAAUUUGGUAAAACUCACCUGUUAAGCCAUUUGAGCCUGGCGUUUCUUUGUGGGAAAAAUGUUAACUAUUGAUUCAGUCUCUUUAAAAAUUAUAAGCUAUUUGGGCUUUCUAUUUCUUUAAAUCUUUUUUAAAAUUCAUUUACUGUAUUUUGCCAUAUAUAAUGCACACCUACAGUUUUGUGCACAGUAUACAUAGGAUCAUUCUUCUCAUGGCAUGUAAUCAUUAUGCCCAUGUAUAAUGUGCAUCCUUAUGUUUCCCUCAAAAACUUGGGCAAAAAGGUGCACAUUAUACAUGGCAAAAUACGGUAUUUAUUUUUUAGAGAGGGAGAGAUACAUCUAUCAGUUCCCUCUCGCAUGCCCCUUGGGGCAGGCCCAUUCACAGGCCAGCACUGAAUCCACUGAGCCACAGCUGCCAGGGCUCCAUUUCUUCUCGCAUCAAUUUAGGAAAAAUGUCUUUCUAGAAUUUUGUGCAUCUUAUGUCUUUUUUUUUUAAUGAAAUUUCUUGUAUUUUUGUCCGUGCUCUGUGUAGUCAUGCCCUCCUUUUCGUUUCUGCUAGUGCUUGCUUUCUUUUACCAUUUCAUUAAUUAUGGACUUUUUCUAUAGUAUUUUCUUCUGAUUUCUUUAGAUUUAAUUUUGUUACUUUUUAACAUCUUAAUUUUGACACAUCUAAUUAAUUUCCAAGCUUUUUUUUCUACUGUAUGUUUUUAAACACCUGCUUUUCUACAUUCCCCAGGUUUUCCUGUUGUAAAGUAUUUUAAAUUAUUAUUUAGUUCUAAGAACAUUUAACUUGCCUUUAUGACUUUUUUGAUUCAUGAAUUAUUUCAAAAAGUUUUUUAAUUUCCAAGUGUUUGGAUACUUAAAAAUUUAUUUUUGAUAUGUUUAGUUUAAUCAUUUGUGCUCAGAGAAUGUGGUCUCUGUGAUACCAGUUCUUUGAAAUUUGUUGAGAUUGUUGAUUGUUAUUUUAUAUUCUGUAACUUAUCUUGGAUGUCUAAAAUCUGUUUUGUUUUGCCUGUGGUAGCUUGUUUCCUUGUAUAUUUUAUCUUCUUGGGUUUUGAGCUCAUAUUUUGUUAAGUUUAAUCUGUAGGAAUCCAGACGGCCUAAACUGUGUGUACAUACCUCCAGAAAAGACUUGUAUUUGCUUCUGCCAGGAGCCAAAGGGUCUUUCUGACCUAGGACUGUUUGCUCCUUCAAGAGUCCCAAAUUAAUUCAGGAGUGCCAGGUUUUUCCCCUUCCUUGGCUAGGCCCAAGGGUUAGUUAGCUUCUGUUCACAAUACAGGUAUUGGUGUUUGUCUUAGGGCAAACCUGCUUUUCCUACUACAUGUUGUUCAUCCUUCAUUUAGGUUUCAGUUUAAUGUAAUCUUUUUCUUCUUUUUCUGAUUUCCCUUUCUAGCAGGCUCAGCAAUGUGCUAAAUAUGCCUGCUGUAAUUUGUCCAGGAUCUAGUUGUAUUUUACUAGGAAAACCUUUUAUCAUCCAUGCUUCCUGAAGUAGGAGCUGAUGACUGUGAUUUUGUUUUCUUUCUUGUUUUUUAAGUGCUAGGUAUUUGCAUUUGUUAGAAGCUAGUUGAUUUAGGCUCUGUCUUCAAGUUAAUAAUGAUCACAGCACAGUGUGAGUUACUUGACAGUAAGCACAGAGAGCUGUGGAAGCCCAGAAUAAUAGCACACAGCCCAGACCCAGAUCAGGGAUGACUUCCCAGGAGAGGUGAGUAGGAAUUUAGCUGAACAAGUCUAACUCACAAAGCAAGAACAGAAUGACAUAACACGUGGUUAAAAAAAGA